AUGUCUUUACUCUCAGAUGGCUCCCCUAAGCUUGGGCGCAAGCAAUCUGUAGGGAAUAUCAUCGAUAGUAGCGGGAGUGCCAUAGCACAUGCAUUACAACUCGAACGCGAAGCGUCAGGCCACAAACAUUCGAACGUUUCAAGCAGCCCUCCAGACCGUACAGUAUCCUCUAAAGUUGGGAACUACCAUGUCUCGGAUGGUGAUAAACAUGACAUUCAGUCCAACAAGAAGCAGAAGCUAGAGCACUCAAGCCAUGUCUCUUCAACUGGGAAUUCGGAGAUGGAGAAGCUCCUGGCGAAGCUCUCGCCCAAGCCUCAGUUGUCAACCAACAAGCUUCCUGUAGAGCCAGAUAUCAUUACGAGACUAUCUGACAAGCAAACCUUGCUCAAGACACAGGAUCGCACAUUUGUCAACCACAGAAUGCUUCUAGGAGACGAUGAAGAGUUGAAUGAAACCUCGAGUAUACUGCCAACUAGGGAUGCAUACCAGCCCCCUCACCUGAUAGAUGUUGACAAGUCAGAUACUGCACCAAUCGAUAUAUCCGAAGUGCUACGCUUGAAGCAAGAAUUGCUUGCCGCUAAUUCUAAAAUUGCCCUUCAGGAACAAGAAUUAGCACAGACACGUGUGAUCAAACAUACGUUAGACCAGGCACUUGGGCCUCCCUCUGAAACAGACUUCAGUGGGCGUGAGAUUACAGAACAAACAAUAAGCAAUCUACAAAGCGCCCUUAACUCAUCAAAUCCAACAUUCAGCCAGUUUCAAGAUGGGUGGAAUGCCCAGGAUGAUUCUCAAUCAGAUAUGUCCGAUGCACUUUCAGCCGGAGCGUACAAUAGGGCUCGGGGAUACUGGAUUCCUCCGACGCAGCAAGUGUGUAGCACGAGCAGUGCUUCGGCUACAGAAAUACCCUAUGGCGAACCAUUAUCUUUGCCUAACAGUAACUCUUUCGGUGGCGACUCGAACAAAUUUUGGGGUAACUCAAGUACGAAUCCUAGCAUACCUGGUCAUGACAUCUUCCGGUCCCAUCGCGUCUUUUCGGGUCCCUCCCAUGGGGCUUACACUUUUGAUACACGGCUCUCUGAAGGACAGGCCAGGUAUCUCCAAGGACCCGGGCUUGGACCACGCCGUUCAGUCACUCAGGCCAGCCGUAAUGGAUCAUGUUUUCCAACACAAAGCCCUGCUUGGAGCACAUUUACCACCGGCUCUUCUGACUCACAUGGGCCGAGGUCUCCUGCAAGCAGAUCAAAUAAUGCAUACCAACAGGUUGGUCUAUAUCCUAUCCCACAAUAUCAUCAACGGCCGGUUGGAACACCUCUAUCGCCCACGGCGACUGAGUUCACUGCCCCUAACCCUAAUACGGCACCAUGGCCAAGUUCUUCGGUGGGUGGAAAUACCACUCAGACGUACAUAUCGCCUCUUGAACCAAUCAACUACCGUCGUCUCCUUGACAGGAAUGUUUCUUGUGACUGGAAAUAUAUAGUUGACAAAAUCGUUUGCAAUAAUGAUCAGCAGGCGUCAAUCUUCUUGCAACAGAAACUCAAGGUUGGAACAACCGAGCAGAAAUUUGACAUUAUAGAGGCCAUAGUGCACCAAGCCUAUCCCUUGAUGGUCAACCGCUUCGGGAACUUCCUUGUCCAACGUUGCUUCGAGCAUGGAACUCCGGAGCAAGUUGUGUCAAUUGCUAAUGCAAUCAAAGGAAACACUCUAAGCCUUAGUAUGGAUCCGUUUGGUUGCCAUGUUAUACAAAAAGCUUUUGACUGCGUUCCAGAAGAACACAAGGCAGUCAUGGUCCAUGAGCUCCUACGCAGAAUCCCGGAAACUGUUAUUCACCGGUAUGCGUGCCAUGUCUGGCAGAAGCUUUUCGAACUACGAUGGAGCGGUGAGCCACCUCAGAUAAUGACAAAAGUAAACGAGGCACUGCGAGGAAUGUGGCAUGAGGUUGCGUUGGGUGAGACAGGAAGCUUGGUAGUUCAGAAUAUCUUCGAGAACUGCGUUGAGGAUGAGAAGCGUCCCGCGAUCGAAGAAGUGCUAGCGAAGAUCGAUGUUCUCGCACAUGGCCAGUUUGGAAACUGGUGUAUCCAGCAUAUCUGUGAGCAUGGUGCUCCUCAGGAUAAGAGUCGUGCAGUAGAGCACAUCAUUCUUUGGUCAGUGGACUAUAGUAUGGACCAAUUUGCCUCAAAGAUUGUAGAGAAGUGUUUGAAGAUAGGUGGUUCCGAGUUUCUGGACCGCUAUCUUGCUCGAGUCUGCACCGGCCGAACUGACCGUCCAAGGAUGCCUUUAAUUGACAUUGCAGGGGAUCAAUACGGAAAUUACCUAAUUCAGUGGAUCUUGAUGAAUGCUGCACCUCACCAGCGUGAGCUGGUUGCUAGCCAUAUUCGUAAACACAUGGUGUCUUUGCGAGGUUCUAAAUUCGGAUCACGUGUGGCUAUGCUUUGCUGCAAUCCCUCUCAUACGACUCGUCCGGGCCCGGGCUCUGGGAUGCCAAUCGGCCGCUAUAACAACUUCAACGACGACAGGUUCCCCAUUGCUGGGCAGCACGGGGGGCGUUUCAGCCGUGGGAGCCAAUGGAACCCUAGCUACCCUCCAUUUCGCUGAAGGGCUUCAUGAAAAUAACUCGUUUUGAGACUCACCUCGUAGCCAUAUAUGGUUGUUUAUUGACAGAAGGUAUUGGCUUCAAGUCGUCAUUCCUAAGCUGAGAAGUUGUCACAUAUCUUUCUUUAUACGCGCUAUUCUAGGGAUCGGGCAGGGUCAUAUUGCCUUACGCCUCAAGGCAUCCUCCCUUCUUAUACCCCAGAGAAAGAAAAGAAAAGGGGAAGAAUAGAGAGGGA